GUCAGGCAAACCCGCGACAGGGCGGAUAAUGUGUUCAUUAUUCGCGAAUAAAGAUUCGCCACGUUCGAUCGAAGGACACACAUAAGAGGGAAGAGGCUUUAAUGCGACACAAGGACGAGCAUGAUUCUGGCUGGAUCAGACCAUUUUCUGGCGGUACCUGUGGAAGCGACAGCAUUUCUGGGUGCCGUUGCUGGUUUCGUGGUUCUACUAUUGGCGCUGUUUCUGUACCUGUCACGCAAGUGGUGUUUCACACCGCCGUCCGCGACCACGCUUUUCGGCGGCGUAUGCGUGCCCCUGUGCGAGUCGAACAACAGCUCCACGUCACAGAUCACGAAGAACAUAGGAAAGGCAUUCUCCUACUCGGAUCCAGAGACUAGUUCCGAUUCGGAAGAAGACGCCCUACGUCGAUUGAAUCAACGUCCCCACCCGCCGCCUGAUACUCUGACCAUCCAAGCCGAAGAUGGUCCCACCAUCGUGGACGCCGGCACCACUUCUUCCAGCAGCUGCACAGAAGAACACUCUGCGGCCGAUCAACAACAGUGCGUGGUGGACGUCGGAGCUCCCAAUAUUCUGCUCGACACCAGAGAACAGGAGGUAGAGGUUGAACAGAAUGGACCGACGAGCAACGACGUCAUCGCGACGUUGGGCACGGUCGCCGAGGAAGUUGGUAGUCUCGAGGUCGCUUUCUUAUACGACGCCCCGAUGCGAGAGAUGACGGUGCACGUGCUUCAAGGACGAAAUUACCCCGAGGGUAUAGGCGGAAGUCAAGUGCGGCUUGUGCUUUUACCGUCGAAAAAGCAACGACGUAAAACACGGGUACGACAGGGCACGUCUCCACAAUACAUGGAAAGCUUUCUCCUUCCUCGAGUCAAUCCAGAGGACGUGAACGCGAUGGGUGUACGUCUGAGAGUCUACUUCUGGGGCGGGAGAAUGCGUCGAGAGAGACUGCUAGGCGAAGCCAGAGUCUCUUUCGAUCAAAUCAAUCUUCAGCUCGAGACGACUCUUUGGUUGACCCUACAACCACCACCUUCGUCUUCGGUACAAGAAUGGGGUACAACUGGUAGUCUGACUCGCAGCGACUCCACAGGAUCUCAGCAGUCCGUUCAGUCGUACGCGUCGCCCACCGUGCCGCCUUACGGUAGCAGCAUGAAGGGUGGAAGCGUGGCCGAGAUUCUGAUCGGUUUGGCGUACAACGGGACGACUGGACGUUUGUCCGUUGAAAUAAUCAAGGGGUCACACUUUCGGGGUGGCGGUGGUAACGACACGAAACCGCCCGACACGUAUGUGAAGCUUGCGCUGGUGGACAGUAAUGGUCAUGAAAUGGGACGGUCGAAAACUUGUUUGAAACGUGCACAACCGAAUCCUCUUUACAAGGAAACGUUCAUAUUCCAGGUCGCUCUGUUCCAACUCGGGGACGUGACCCUCUUCCUCUCGGUGUACAACCGACGAAGAGGUGCCAUGGGAAGGAAGGGACGGGAGAUGAUCGGCUGGCUCAGUUUGGGACUGAACAGUUCCGGUUCGGAGGAGCUUCAGCAUUGGAACGAUAUGCGGGCCGCGAGACAACCGACCCAGGUUCAACGCUGGCACUCGUUGCUACGCCCUUGAAACGUUCGAUCGAGACAGAGUUCCUGUUACGGAGAAACAAUUUACGUUAAACGGGGUGAAACGACGAUAUUUGUAGUUCGACGGACGGAAAACACGUUGUGGAUGUAACCACGGUCGCUGAUUCUACGCACCAAAAACACGAUCGACCGUUUAGAGAGAACAAAAAAAAGCAAGAAGAGGCUAGGGACAAAUUUUCACUGAAAGGCGGAACCACGGCCGUUCGACCGGAUGUGCCGCCGCGUCUUACUGCCUGUACAACGCCCCGAAGUCAAUAUCGUCGAUCUGUCGAUCCUACGAGUCAGAUGAUGUCACGACAAUUUUACGCAUGUGGUAACUCUGAGUUACAGAACUCUAUCGAUGUACCAAGUACAUUCCCUUUUUGAUACGCCGGACGGAGUUGAGGGUGUGUUUCAGCAUACAUAUUACGCCGCGCGUGUCCGUCAACGGAGAAUCGUCGUGGGAUAACCAGCCGCGUCCGAGAGUUCGCUAACCUAAACGGUAUAAAUCAAUUCCUCUUAAUCUCCCCUGCGCUACCCGGAUGUCUCUCGACUCCGCGACACUUUC